ACCAGUCAUUCACUUUUCCACUGUAUUUCUGAGUCACCACUACCCAUCAGUGUUAUGAUGGAGAAGAUUCAACAUAGUCACGUGGAAGUGAAGGGAUUGAAGCUGCACGUGGCAGAGAUCGGAAGUGGCUCAAAGGUAGUGGUAUUUUUGCAUGGAUUCCCAGAAAUUUGGUAUACAUGGAGGCACCAGAUGAUUGCUGUGGCAAAUGCUGGUUAUAAAGCAAUUGCCUUUGAUUUCAGAGGUUAUGGACUUUCUGAGCAUCCACCACAACUAGAAGAACAAACCAUGUAUGAUCUGGUUGAUGAUAUCGUGGGCCUCUUGGAUGCCUUAAACAUCUCUAAGGCUUUUCUUGUUGGCAAGGAUUUUGGUGCUAUCCCAGGAUAUCUUACAGCUGCUGUUCACCCAGAAAGAGUGAUUGCUGUCAUAACAUUAGGCAUUCCUUUCAUACUUCCAGGUCCUUCUGCUGUCCAAAACCACCUUCUCCCCAAAGGCUUCUAUAUUACUAGGUGGCAGGAACCUGGGAGAGCAGAAGCAGAUUUUGGUCGCUUUCCUGUAAAAUCAGUUGUAAGGAACAUCUACACUCUUUUCUCUAGAAGUGAGGUGCCUAUAGCAGCUGAUGAUCAAGAAAUCAUGGACUUGUUCAACCCAGCAACUCCCCUACCACCAUGGUUUUCUGAGGAAGACCUUGCUACCUAUGCAUCAUUAUAUGAAAAAUCUGGUUUUAAAUAUGCAUUACAAGUUCCUUAUAGGAGUCUCAAUGUGGAAACUGGCUUAAGUGAUGUGAAAGUUACUGUUCCAGCACUUCUGAUCAUGGGUGAGAAAGAUUAUGUGUUCAAGUUUCCAGGCAUGGAGGACUAUAUCCGAAGUGGAACAGUGAAGCAUAUUGUGCCAGACCUGGAAAUCAUAUAUAUUCCUGAGGGAUGCCAUUUUAUGCAUGAACAAAUUCCAGAGAAGGUGAACCAGCUCCUCAUUGAGUUCCUUGACAAACAAAGUGUCUAAUUGUGUGUUCUAACUUCUUAGGUUAAAAUCAUAUUUUUCUUAAGGCUUGUGUACUUUCUAGACUACUUCAUUUGAAAUUUUCAGUUCAUGAAGGGGGACAUUUUGUUUAAUGAUGUCAAGAAGUUCAUUUAAAAUAAAAUAUGAAACUACUAAUUGAGUUUAU